AUGGAUGAUAAACUAGAUAAUUGUAUAACAAAUAAGUGCCAUAAUAACUGUAUCACGUCCGUAAGCCUGUUCGAGGAUAGAAUAGUAUCCGGAGGAAAAGAUUCCACAAUUUUAAUACACCAAAAGGCAGAGUCGGAGCUAAAGUGCUUAGCAAGGUAUAACCUGACGAACCUAAACGGACUAAAAUGUAACGUAACGACCGUAGACUACAAGGACGAUCUGAUACUGGCCUCGACGUCUCUGGGAGUAGUGGACCUCAUAGAGACUCCCUCGAGCAUGAGCAUCAAGUUCAACGCACACAGGAACUUGGUGAGCUGCGUGAAGUUCUACUCGGAAAACUCGAUCAUCACCUCGGGCUUUGACAACAAGGUGAGGCUGUGGGACCUGAGGAACCUGAAGUUCCCGCUCUACGACCUGAUGGGCCACACAGCAUCGGUAAACAACAUUGACAGCCUGCCGUCGGACCGAAAGGACGACUACCUGGUCACAUUCGGAGAGGGCUACGAGAAGAUAUUGUCGACCGGCUCAGACAGAACAGUGAACGCGGGAACGCACACGGUCUUUAAAAUCCCAAACGAAAUGUCGCAAAACGUCGAGUCCUGCUGCCUUAUCACGAAGGUACCGACACAUGUGUUCGCAGUGGGCCUGGACAGUAACUAUCUGUUGAUUUACUCGUCGAUGUCGAAAAAUCACAUAUUUAAGCACUCGUUCGGGCGGAACGUGUCAGUAAACUGCAUCAAGCACCACGAAGGACUGCUCUUAGUGGGAACGAAUGCAGGGGAGCUGUGCGUGUUUAAACUGCAAGAUGGAUUCACGAUGAACGACAUAGUGGUCAAAAAGUCGGUGCCUGGGGAGUUCUUUGAAGGGAGUCUGCCUGAGGACGCUAUAAACUUGACGCUGAUCCUGGCCCUGGGAACGGAAGUCAGGCUGGGAAGAUGGUCAACAGUGAAGUCGAAGGAGGCAAAGAAUUACCUGGUGAUUAAGCAGCUGUCGAUAAGAAAAUGA